AUUUCUUUAUAUCGUCCGUGUGUUUAUGACCAAUUCUAAUCCAGCAGUUUGGCAAACUAUUCGAGACUAUUGUUUUCGUAUACGACUAUUUCUUUUGCGUCCUUAUCGAAGACAAAUACGAGAAACGAAACGACAAGCUCAAAACUUAAGAGAUGAGUUAUAUCAAAAGUAUCUUAUUGAAGAGAUGCGUAAAAGUUAUCAUAAGGACGUAGAAGCAGCUAUGUUGAUGGCACUAGAGAAAUACAAGUGUCAAAAGAAAUUACAGCAAACAUUUCGUGAGGCUGUGGAGUCGCAAACAGACUUUUUGGAGAAUCGAGUUGUUGAGAAUAAGAACAAGGAUACUUUCAACUCCUUCAUGCCUAAAAAGUAAUCGAUGUUUUCGGAAAACUGAGGGGAACUGUGCAAAUAGUUGAUAGAUAUGUGGAAAGAUUGUUCGUCGAAAAUUGUUCCAUUUGCAAUUUUGUCACAAGCAUUGUUUAUUCUUCACCCAAUAUAUCUUUACAGUUUAAC